AUGGAACAAGUUACUCCCAUCACUAAGGAAGAUGUCAAGAAUCAACUUCUCACUGAUAAGAAAUUUCGCUCUACCCUUAAUUCAAACUGCAUUUACCAAACUCCCCCUUAUGAACCCACACAACAUAAUCAUAACAUAAGUGGGAAAAUAUCAUCGCCUUCAUCACCUUCUUCUUCAAAUAAAUUAUUCAUUAUCAAUAUCGCAUCAUUUUUAUCAACUACAUCUAAGGAUUAUUCAACUCCAACUAUUCCAAACGACUUUAAAUCAACCUUACCAUUCCUAAAUGAGAUAAUCAAGAGAUCAAAAUCAAAUAAAAAAAUUGUAUUAUUGGCCACUUUCUAUUUCCAUAGAUUGCAUUCUAAUAUCAAAAAUACUAGUGCUGAUUCAGCAGGAAAAAUCCCAGAUUUUGCUCAUUCUAUUAAGAGAACUUUUUUAAAUUGCUUAAUAUUAGCCCAUAAGUUUUCAAAUGAUAUUACAUUCUCUAUGAAGACUUGGUCUCUUAUUACUGGUUUACAACCAAAGAAUAUUUCCACUAUGGAAAGGUGGUGUUUAAAGAAACUCAACUUCCAGUUGUUCGUUAGCAAUGAACAAUUACUGAGUUGGGAAACGGAAACUUUUUUGAAGAAUAAUUCUUCUUCUAUCGGGAGGAAGAAACAUUCAUUAUCCAAUGAUUUCCCCCCUGAUGAAAAUUUUAAAGGUUACAUGUAA